GGUCCAGCGAAAGACUUUAUAUUCAGCGAGGAUCUUCAAAAACAACAAAGUGAAGCAUGGCUGUUGAACCGCAUUAACGCAACUGAAUGGGUAUCUGUAGUAAUGAACUGGCUCUCUUCAGUUAGCGUAUGGUUUGUGUCAUCCUCAACACAUUCCACUGUUUAAUAAGCUAGUCGUAGAAAUGAUUGUUUCAAAGAAAUUUCUAUAUCUAGUCAUAAAAGAAAACAUAAAAUCCUUGAUAGUCAUCAGACUUGUAACACAGAUAGAUGAAAAGGUUUGAAAAAAAAAAAAAGGAAGUAGUUUAAUGACCAACUUUCCUUCAUCUUCAACUUUUACAAAUAAAUACUUCAUGCAGUCAUGCAAUCCCAGAAUAUCCACAAACUGGAUGCAACAAAAAGCACUCAACUUCUUGAACGUCUUUCAGACUGGCGUAGCGGUAUUUGUCCUAAUGGAAAGCUUGCGCCUCAGCCUUGCUUUGUGUUAAAAAAGAAGCCCUCAAUCUACAUCCAUCCUGACUGCACUCAUAGCAUUCCACUACAGUACAAGCAUAGUACAACAGCACAAAUCAUCACAGAAUGGGAUUGGGCUUCUGACCUCAUCCAUCAUUGUGCUGCUAUCACUCAUCUGAACGACGAUAGUAUGCUUAAAACGAUUGCUCAAUUUUUUAUGAUCUUUCAUGCUUCGUCGGACAGCUCAAAUAAAGUGAAUACGUUACAUCUUCUGCAACUGUUCAAGCAUGCCUCGUUCAAAACGGAUCAUGUCGAGCGUCCUACACGAGCAUUGCAACAAAAAUUAGAUAAAGUGUUUGCUGAAGAAGCAGACCCAAAUAUACAAUGGCUAGAUUUGCUUGAUUUGUGGGAUACUUUUGGUUACCUAUGGCCUAGAAAAAUUGUGCUGGGUUACAAGAAACAUACAUCAAUAACUUACAAAUCUCGGUAUAUGGAUAGUUUAAGCGCUUAUUAUCAUCAUUUAAACGUUUUACAGGAAAAAUUGCUUACUACCAGUCCACCACCUGAACAUAACUGGUCAGUUAAUGGUAUUGGCGAUUUUUUGAAAGAUUGCUGUAUUGUAUCUCGAUUGGAUUUAGCGCCUUUGCAUUUUUUUUUAGCCCCAAAUUAUAAGCACGCGAUAGAAGCUAUCAUAGAUAGGAAGUUUGUACGCGUGCCAUUACACCAUCCUAUCAAAUUAUAUAAUGCACUAACGGACAGCUAUUUAUGUUGGGAUCCAGCAUUGUAUCCACAAGCAAACGAUCAUUACAAUACUCGUGCUAUUUCAGCCGAAGCGACAGUAUCAGAAAAAUCAUUUGUUACGCAAUACCUAUGGAGACUUUCAGCUUCACUGCCUUCAAUAACAAAAAUAUAUACGAAGGAAGAUGACCAGGCAAAAGUCGAAGAUGAGAUACAGCAAAUAGGUGGUGCACAGUACUCCAAAAGUAAUAUAAUUAGACCAGUUCGAGGAUCGAGUCAGAUAUACAUUCAUCCCGCUUGUAAAUCCCCUUCCUUUUUUCAGACUAUGAAAAACUCGACAAGUCCAGGCAGAAGAGUAAUGGAAAAAGUUGACAGCAACGAUAAUACUAAUACAAAAUGGGCAGUGAGAGACCGACUCAGAGCGGAAGACGGGUUCGAAGACACUCAUAAGAUGAUUUUGAGCUGUCGCUCUUACAGUAAUAAUGAAAAAAGUGGCAAUCAGUCAAUGGUAAAUCGAGAUUUUACCAAAUUGCGUGGGCUUCGCCUAUUACUUCCGGAGACAUUACCACCAAACUAUUAUUAUAACGAGCAGCUAAGUUGGACGGUUCAAUAUCCGAACAGUAGCUUAAGAUAUAUUACGAAUGCACAAACCAAUAUUAGGAUCAACUUUAAUGAGCAUAUUCGACAAAUGAAACCAGUGCUUAUAGGAGACACAAUACAGCUGCAACAGAUAGGGUUACUAACAGUCUUUGACCCAAUGACCAAAGCAGAGAAUAUAAACAGUAUUAAUGCAUCAAUGAGGAAAGACAACUCUCAGCUUAGUCUUAGAACAGCGAAACGUAUUAGUGACAGUAAAAGCAACAAUCGUAGUAAGCGAUUAGCACAUGCUAAUUAUAACAGCAAAAAGAAUGUCUUUUGCGUUGAUGAGGAUAUAACCAGUGAGCGUUUUGUGGAAAAUACGUACUGGAAAAUUGAAUUAGCCACUGAAUUUGAUAGAAAAAGACAUUCCAGUAACUUAUAUCCAUGGCCAACGUCAGCAUUGCACAAUACAAGAAAAACAUAUACAGAUCAAGAUCAACAAAACAGUAUGAGUUACAAUAUGGAAAAGCCAGUAUCACCCAACCCAUCUCAUUGUUGGAGCUUUGAAAGUGAAUCCAUCAUAAGUACUCGGAAUAGUAGCAAAUCGACUACUUUGAGAAAAACGAAAUCACUAGGGUCUAUACAAGACAAACUGUCUUCCAUCCACAUAGUUCCAAAUUCUGAUAAAGCUCACUAUUUUGAAAAUCUUGUUGCCGAGCAAAAAGGCAUGAAGUCCAGAUUGCUCUCACAAUUUGUCAAGAGAGUUACGCUCCAACCUCUAACACAGCUUGUGGUGAAGCCAACAAAGAGUGUGAACAAAUCUUCGCAUUCACUUGAGGCACAUUUAAGCCCGCCCCCAUUUUCAUGUCAAAACUUUGAUAAAAUGCAUGUAUAAUUUUGGAUAUACCUUGUUUGUGGAAUUGAUACACGUAAAAACACUAUGCUUUGGGCAAUUAAUGACUUCAUGUUUACAUUUAUUCAUAUUUUCAAUAUUUCAUCUCAUCCCUUCAGUCAACUUUAAUAGCAUUAAACUGUUCGUAACAUAUU